CUAUCAAUCAAAAUGGCGGCUGUUCUGAGAAGAUGUGCAAACUGUAGCAGCUUUGUGAAGUCUACAUUGACGGAACGAAAUAGCUUUUCUACUAGUCUUGCUCUCUUUAAGAAAGGUACUUGGUUAUAUGUAGAGGUUAUUACUGGACUUAAAGCUUAUGUAAGCUGAAACUCAGGUAAAAUCAUGUAAAAUGAACUCGACAAUCUCAGACCUACCAACCCUGAUAGAAGAAAGUCUGGAGACUCAUGAAAAAAUCCUGAGUCUGUAAUUAAGUAGGGCUAGGAAACAAAGGAAAUUCUUAAUUGCUAAAAUGAAUCUAGGUUGAAUACUAGCACUGUUUUAAACGAAAAACAAAUUUUAUCUGCAACAUAAACUUUAGCAUGGCUAGUUUAAAAUGGAACUCAGAUAUAAAACAAAAGUAACAAAAUUACGAGGCAAAAUAAAUGUUCUGUAAAACCAGAAGCAUAUAACCCUGAAGCAUAUAACCCUGUUCCAAUGUUGGGUUUUUGGAGAACCAUUCAGAAUAACAUAUAGCAUGUUUUUCAAUGAAAAAAAAAACUACUUAUCAAGCUCGUCAUACCUUUUAGGGGUUUCAAUUUGUGGAUUGGUACCGGAUGGUGAUGACUUCAAUUUUCUGAUUCCAUAUGUGGGCAAGAAAUUUUCCGUGCUUCUGAUUGGAAGGCUAGAAAACCCCGGCAUGGUUCUAAACAAAUAAGGGGAACUGAGACUCUUUAGGGCUAUAUACUUCUGUUAAAAUGUAUGAAUUGUUAACCUACGCCUAUGCUUACAUAAAAGGUACGCAUAGAUACUUAUAGCGUACUCUAGAAUAAUGUUUUAGAAUUCUUUGUGCAUGGCUUGAAUGAACUUGUUUCUUUUUAGAUGUUUGGGUUACGUGUACAAAGGCAUUAAUUUCAGCCCAGUUCAUCCAAAACAGAAACUAUGCAGCCUCAGACAAGGACAAAGGUAGGUAUAAGUAUGAAGAAAAUCCAAUCAAGAAAUAAAUUCUUUCCGCGUGCAUCCACCAUAAUAAUCAAUGAUACAAAAAUUAAUGUAUCUUUUAUUAUAGAGAAAGCUUUGUUAAAUAAGAAUGGAAUGAUUAUUCAGUUUUGAAAAAAAAGGCCUUUGCUCCAAAAAUCCAAGGACACCCAAUGAGGUUCUAUCCUCAGCCAACCUAGCAUAUAGCCGGAUAAAGCAAGUUCCAACAUUUCAUGGUGCUACCGCUGGUUUCUCCAUAAAAUAAUGUCUGAAGAACAUUUCUGGAAAUUCAGUUCUGAUUGUGACUCACUUCUAGCCAGAUCUGAGUAGUGCUUUUCAUUGGUUGAAAAAUUGCUUAAUCCUCUGCUUUAUCCAAUCAAAAGCACUACCCGGAUUUGAGUAGUGAUGUUGUAAGAAUGGAAUUUCUGCACUUUUUACCCAGAUGUUAUUUUUGCAGGAAAGCCAGUGGUGGCAUCGCAAAAUGUUAGCUGUUUUCUCAGGCUACCCAACACAAUAAUAGUUUGAUCGUCAUGCAGCCUACAUGCAAAUUGUCUACUGAAUGGGGUUAUGUUAUGUUUGUUGUCAAUUUGUGAAACUGAAAUGAUGUAAAUUAUUUUUGUGGGUGACAAGAGGAACCCGCAAUCAUAAUCUCCUGGUUGCUAUUACGCGUGCACCACACAUAUGUAGCCAUCUUUAUUUGGACUUCCACUAAGAAUGAAUGGAAUACAUAAAACACUGAUGUGGUCAUACACGUUUGGACCUUCUAGCUCUUGUAAUUCAGUAUCACAUGUUUUGACCUUCUAUCACUUGAAACUUAUUCAAAGCACAGCAUUUGUGCAAAAGUGUUUUAACCUUCGAUAAAUGCCGCCUGCACUCUGUAACCUUUGGUUAUUACUAGUAUUAAAGAAUUUAACACUUCCAUAAAAUAUCUUCAGAGUAUGAGAAACUGUGGGCUGCUGUCACUGGAGGGAGAGGAACUGGAAGAGGAACGAAAAAGAAGAUUGUUAAAGGAGUUGACCCUAAGCUUCUUAAGUAUGGUAGGUGUGGCAGUAUAAUAGAAAUAGAAGGAAAAAUCCUACACCACCUACUUUGUUUGAUGAUUGUCCUGUAUUCUAAGGUUAUCAUCCUUGCUUUAACUUUUAUUUUCCUUAUGAUAUAGUGUAUAUUUUUGUAUUAUUUUUUAAGUAUUAAAAAUAACACUUGUGGUGUCUUAUUCUUUAUAGCUUGCAAGNCAUGUUUUGACCUUCUAUCACUUGAAACUUAUUCAAAGCACAGCAUUUGUGCAAAAGUGUUUUAACCUUCGAUAAAUGCCGCCUGCACUCUGUAACCUUUGGUUAUUACUAGUAUUAAAGAAUUUAACACUUCCAUAAAAUAUCUUCAGAGUAUGAGAAACUGUGGGCUGCUGUCACUGGAGGGAGAGGAACUGGAAGAGGAACGAAAAAGAAGAUUGUUAAAGGAGUUGACCCUAAGCUUCUUAAGUAUGGUAGGUGUGGCAGUAUAAUAGAAAUAGAAGGAAAAAUCCUACACCACCUACUUUGUUUGAUGAUUGUCCUGUAUUCUAAGGUUAUCAUCCUUGCUUUAACUUUUAUUUUCCUUAUGAUAUAGUGUAUAUUUUUGUAUUAUUUUUUAAGUAUUAAAAAUAACACUUGUGGUGUCUUAUUCUUUAUAGCUUGCAAGGGUCUUGGCCCCUUUUUUAAGUUUUACAGGACUGCCCUUGCUUGGUUUGACUGAUAAACACUGUAUACAGGGCUGUAAAAAAGUUUUUAAGUAGCAGGCUGAUAAUGAAUAGUAGGCAGCUUUGAAAGUCGCCAAAAGGCACAAGUUCUGUAGGGACAUUUUGAAAUUUAGAGUCUCAGAAAUGCCAUUUCCAGGGGUUUUCAAGAGGUAUUGCUAUGUUGUUUUGUCAGAUUAAGUCUGGGAACAAUGAUGUCAAAAUGUCCCAGGUGUUCCACGAAAUCGCACAGUUCGAACAUUUCACAGAUCUAAACGUUCAAUGUCAUUCAAAACUGGGAAGCAGAUGCUUUACAAUUUUAUUCGAUGGCGCUUAUUUUUUGUUACAAAGUUAUGGUAGGAAGGAGUUGAAAGUAGCUGGCUAAGGAUGGCUAACUAGCCGGCAUUUUUGGCCGGCUACCGGCCCUUAUUGACAGCCCUGGUAUAUCAUUGUUGCAAAACCAUAUUAAGUUUUGAGGUUGCGUUCUUUAAUAUGGCCUGAUGAUGUUGUUAUAAUUAUUUUGGUGAUGUUAAUGGUAUCUCUCACUCUCCAUAUCUGCCAUUUAUAUUUUAAAACUAACCAUGUCAGUAACAGGUUGUAAACUAUAUAACGGUUCAAUAAGUUAGAAGUUGUAAUUACAUUGGUGUUGUAAAUUCUUUGGUAGUGAUAAAAAUAGUAGUUGUGGAGUUUGUUGGUGUUUUGUGUUAUACAUGUACCUCCACUGGUAACAAGUGGAAAAUGUUUUCAUUCAGUUACCAAAUUUGCACAUUUAUUUUCAUUGCUUCAAAUCUUAGACAAGGCAGGCUUAAAGUGGGAAGGAUUCAAUGCUCCGAUAGGAAUAGGAGAAGAAGAAAAAGUAGAUGAUACAGAGGGCGAAACAGUCCAGAUGAGGACAGCACAGAGAGGAUGGUCUGGAAGAACUUGGCCAGGAAGGUCAAUUGGUUCUCCUCUUACUGCUGAUGGAGGUUUGAUUAUUAAUAAUACCAUGAAUGCUCAAAUUAGGACCCAGGGUGCUUACCUUAUUAUUGGAAAUUAAUGCUUCGAGAAAUUACUGCGAAUUUCAAAUAUUUGCACUAACUUAAGUUGCGUUAAUUUCUUGAAAUGUCAAUUUCCGCGCUGUUAAUUAAGUGGAGCAUUAAUUUCUGCAACCUUAAUUUCCCUUGUUUGGAUACACAUCUGACAUUCUUGAAACCUGAGAAAGAGGAGUAGUUUAUCAGAAGGUGGAGAUCCACUAGUUAUAGUGAAACAGUGAAGAACCCUUGAAGUGGCCAGAUUUCUUCACUUGAUCCCCUUUGUACAUUUAAGGGAAGUGUCAUGAACAAAGUUUCCAUUUCAGAUUUUAUGUUGUUUUUUUUUGGUAAGUGUCGCAUUAAUUUCCUUCAUUUUGAAAUGUUAUCCUCUCUUUGCCAUUAAUUUCCUACUUUUGAAAGUCGUUUUUCACUAAAUUUGUGUUAAUUUAAGCUGUGUUAGUUUCCAAUACCUUAAUUUCAUAGAGUGUUUAAAAUUUCCUAUAAUAAGAUAUUUAAUUUUUGAAGUAGAGGUGGGGGCACUAUUAUUUAUAUUGUUUUUCAAGAGGGGGCCCUUCAGAAUUCCACAAAUCAAGGUGACAUUACCCUGUCUAUUCUUCUUUCUAUUUCUAGUGGUGUUGAAGGACUUUCACUCUGUNAGCUGUGUUAGUUUCCAAUACCUUAAUUUCAUAGAGUGUUUAAAAUUUCCUAUAAUAAGAUAUUUAAUUUUUGAAGUAGAGGUGGGGGCACUAUUAUUUAUAUUGUUUUUCAAGAGGGGGCCCUUCAGAAUUCCACAAAUCAAGGUGACAUUACCCUGUCUAUUCUUCUUUCUAUUUCUAGUGGUGUUGAAGGACUUUCACUCUGUCGUUAUCGAGGUAUGUGAAAAGUGUCUGACUGUUUAUCAAUGCCGAAGCAGAUUUAUUUAGACUACUCAACUUGCAAGAUUUUAGGUCAUGUCAUUAAUUUAUAGUAAUUAAGAGCGGUAGCCUAAUGUAUUAUGAUAGCCUUCACAAUAUAUUUUUUUAUUUUAUUUCUGCUUUUCCUAUUAUAACUAGGAUAAUCAAUCAUCUUCUUUUUGACUUUUAUUUUUUUUCUCUAUCUGUUUGUUUGGUUGGUUUUUAAUAAUGUUUAAGUUUGCUUUAAGUAAAAAUUUUAAUUUAGGAAAUUAGUAAUAACACAAUUCAUGACGCCAUGAAUGCAUUUUUGUUGACAGUUGAGGCGUGUGAGCAAUAUGACACCAGGGGGAAGAAAGAAAACUCAACGCGCCAUAGUUGUGGUUGGCAACAAAAAUGGUGUUGCAGGUAAAAAUACUUCACUGGGAUUUAUUUGCCUGCCUUUAUUACUGCAAGGUCUUUUUUAAUUUAAAAUAAUUAUUUCCCUUUGAAUGUUAUCCCUUAAACAAAAGCAGUGCCCCAUCUGGGUGGGUCUGAGCUCAUACAAGUCAAUAAAACAAUGAAACAUUAUAUUUUAGCUAUUGUAAAUUCCAGGAAUUUGUUUUGUUAUCAAGUUAGCUGUGUUUGCUAAAGGUACCCUAUACAUGUGGCCUCACCAUGUGUAGUUUAGAUUAUCUUAGGUCAGAAAUUUCUUAUUUUCGAAACAGAGAAUAAGAUAUCUGAGUAUUCUUUUUUUUAACACAAUGAUAGGUUUUGGAGUGGGCAGAGGACAAGCACCGUUGAGUGCAAUGAAACAGGUUUGUGUGUGCUCGUUGUACAUUCUGCAUUUUGUCUUGUGCUUAUGUAGCUGUUGUUCCAGGGGGGAGGGGAGGGGAUACUCUGAAUUUUGGGGUAAGGUGCUAGAAUCCUUUGCCUUAACUAGACCAUUUCUGCCAGCUGCAAUUUUGCUUCACCAUUCAUACAUUUAUCAUUGAUCCAUUUCCCACAUAAAUAACACCCUGUUCUUGACCAUCACCCUCUGAUUUCUAUCACCAGAUGCCAAACUAAACUGCCUGAAAACCUCACCUUACACAGUGGUAUUUAGUAAAAUCCAACUAGUGGUCUAUUAUCAAUGCUGCAUUCUGAUUGGUUGAGCUACUACUAGGCUAUAUGUUAUAGCCCACUAGUAGCAAAAAGCAUGAGCUUUUUGGCGGCAAAAGGAUUGAAGUCUAGCUUUAACUAGCUAAAAGAUUUUUAUUCUUGAUAUUUUUGACCAACUAGUUGGAUUUUACUAAAACAAUUAUUCCUCUCGCCCUCAUGGCCUCUGAGUCAUGGGCUAUUGACUCAGAGGCCAUUCAGGCUCAAGGAAUAAUUGUUAACCAAUAGCUCUAUGUGGACAUGGCAGAGAGCUUUCUCACUGGACUGUGUGGCAUGCAUUUGAAUAGGAAAAGCAAAGGGGGGAAUCUACAUCUACAUCUACAUUUAUUAAUUGACAACGCUUUUGCAUCAAGUCAAUAUAAACUAAAUAAAUUACAAUAUCAGAAAUACAAUAAUAGAAUUUAAAAAAUACAAAAAAAACACACACACACACACUUGUAAAUUACAUAUAGUAAUAUAUUGCAAUUUCAAAUUAUAAAAUUCUUUCUUAAUAAAUAUAAAAUAGAUAUAUUUACAGAUUUAAAUAAGAUAAAUGAUAAUAAAAAAGUGAAACAAAUGACAGCAAUCAAUUAUUUCUAAUAGCUGAGAAACAGUGAUCUUUAAAUAAUGAAAAAUUUGUACGAGUACGAAUUAAGAAUAAUACGAAUUAAAUAGGAAUUAAGGAGGGCACGCACGAAUUAAAUAGGAAUUAAGGAGGGCACACAGUUGAAAAAAAUCACACAUACACACUUGUAAAUUACAUACAUGUAUAGUAAUAUAUUACAAUUUCAGACGAUAAAAUUAUUUCUUAAUAAAUAUAAAAUAGAUAUAUUUACAGAUUUAAAUAAGAUAAAUGAUAAUAAAAAAGUUAAAUGACAGCAAUCAAUUAUUUCUAAUAGCUGAGAAACAGUGAUCUUUAAAUAAUGAAAAGAUUUACGAGUACGAAUUAAGAAUAAUACGAAUUAAAUAGGAAUUAAGGAGGGCACGCAGUUGAAGGGCACCCACUGUGUUCUUACAAACGCCUUUAUUUCUCUUUUCCUUUCCCCUUCAACUGCCUGUCACACAGGCACCUGCCCCCACCUGACCCUCGACUCCUGCAGGGCUGUUGUAGAGCUGCAGUGAUUUAAACAUCACAGAAAACAAACAAACAAACAAAGCCUGGAUUAUAGCUAUAUAGUUCUGGCCAUGGUUGCUCAAAUUUCUGAUAGUACCAUGCACCAGAUAAAUCAUUAUCCUGUGGGUAUUUUUAGGGAAACUACUUGCAUUUUGCGCUUCAUGUGCCGAUUUAUCCAGUGGAUAGCAUUAUCCACUUUAUGAGCAACUGGAACAUGGUUUGUACCAAGACUGAUUAGGUUCAUUUUGUGUUAUUGUUUUUUCUUUUGCCUCAGGCGAGGAAUAAAGCUGUGAACUAUCUCCACUUUGUCGAACGCUGCAAUGACCACACAAGUAAGUUAAUUCUUAAUUUUAAUCCAUACUACAAACUUAUAGACAAAAUGAAGAUACGAAAUAUUAGGCACAAGGGUGAAUCGUCCUCUUCUCUUGCAAUUGACUGCCUUGCAAGUUGAAAAAAUACCUCCUCUAAAACCUGUGCUUGUCCAUUAUUUUAAUUAGAGACCUUUAGAUUCUAAGACGAGAACGGCAACAAGAACGAGAUUUUCUCAAUACUAAGUAGUGCGUGUGCGUGAGCCAGCGUCAUUUUGGCGGGAAAACGCGAAUAGCUGCAGUCAUUCUACUAUGUGUUUUAGCGCGACUGUCGUGUUAGCGGAAAAAAAAGUUAUCAAAUGUCAGAGGUUUUAUCGAUUUUUUGCGAUCGGGAGAUCGCCUAGUCUCCUUUAAAGGAGAGAACAGUGCUAACCUUUCUGCUGAGAAAAAAGUACAAUGAAGCAUCCGGUGUGUCUAUAUUUUUUUGAGAAUAUGCGAAAAAAGCUAAAAAUCAAAUCUCAUACUCGUGGUCGUUCUGAUCUCGUCCUUGAAACUCAAGGUAUCUAAUAUCGUAAUGACGAGAACAAGUUUUCAAAUGUUAGAAGUUUUAUCAUUUUGUGAUCUUAACCUCCUUGAAGAACAAUGAUCAUGCGAACUUUUUGAUGAAGAGAAAACAAUGCAAUGAAGCUUUUCGAGGUGUUUAGUUUUUCAGAAUAUGUGAAAAAACUUUUAGUUUAAUCGCGUCGUCGUAGUCGUUCUCGUCCUCGAAUAUAAAGGUCUUUAUGGUUUACUUAGAAGACUCUCCACUCGUGUAAAUAGCCUAAAAUGAGUAUCAUGAAAUUGCUGUCAUAGCCUGCGUAGCAGGCGCUUGGAAGUAGUGGGCGAAAGAGAAAACGGGCGCGCGCGAGGGAGACACGCGAAGGGUGAGGGAGCUACCUCUCCCCUCGCGUGUCUUCUCGCGCGCCCGUUUUUUCUUGUGCCCACAACUUCCAAGCGCCUGCUACGCAGGCUAUUGCUGUCAAGGAAGUUUUCGUACUCGGCAAAAAUAGUUUUAAAACCAAGAUCUUCAUCAGUUGAAUGUUCAGUUCAACUAUCGGGGACGCGAUGAGCGUAAAUCUCGUGACCAUUAAUAUUUUUAACGAGCCUUAUAUAGAUGGUAGAUGCAUUUUUCCUCCGAGGACGAAAAUUUUCUUGACAGUGCGUCAAAAGUAGAAAAACAAUCUUUCCGAUAGAUGAAAUGAAAUUGUUGCUUUAAAGUUUCAGUUUCAGCAGAACACAAGGUCUCCUCAUUUUUAACAUUCAAAUGUUGAUAAUUUAACUUAUAUUUGCCGUUGUUAAUUUUCAUGUUUAAUUUUGUUAUCCUUUUCUCAGUAUACCAUGACUUGGAAACUAGACACAAGAAGACUAUUAUUAAUUUUUACAGGAAACCUCCAGGUAGCUGUAUACUUUUAUUUCUGGUUUUCCUAGUCUUUUAAAAUCCUAUAGAGCGUAAUCAAAAGCAGCCAUCUUUGAAAAGUUCUAAUAAUUAAACAGAUCGAAAAAUGACAUCUCCACUUUUGACGCAUUACAUGUAUAUUUAAACCAAACCGUAAAGCUACGUGCAAAAGGAUGCAACAACUCCCAACAUUGUUGGGCCAACAAUGUUGGGAUUUGCCAUGUCCGUGUUGGCAGUGGUGUGCAAACGGAUGCAACAACUCCCAGCAAUGUUGGGACCUGCAGUACAUCAUGUGAAGGAUACAUCCAUAAGACUUUGGAGGCCAUGUGUAAUGCGCGUGCGUGUCCCUAACAAUGUUGGAAGAGCUGUGCAAACAAAUCCAACAUCAUUUUCAUCUACCGUGAUGAGAUACGUACCCUUUGCAGAUUAUAGGAUUAGAGUUAGAGUUAGAGUCAUGAAAGAUAUUGUUCAUCGUGGAUAAUGUGUAUAAAGGUUUCGUUAAUCGUUUGUCUCACGAUUGUCACAUAGAUAGUGAUCACGACGUUUCGACCGCUUUCUGCAGGUCUUUAUCACGCGAUGGUGUCGAUUCACUUAGUAGAACUAUUUCUACCACCAUGGUUGUUAGUGAUUAGUUUAUCACGAUCCUCGCUUGCCAUUGCUAGAGGAGGAAAGUGUUUCCUCAGCGGUCCUUUAUGGUAACGAUCGGCUGCUAUGUUGUUUAAAUCCAACAUUGUUGCGCUACGCUUUGGCGAUCACGGAACAAAACAAAUGUUGGGAAUCGUUGGCUCAAAAGUUGAACCGGUUUCAAACUUUGCGCAACGACAUGCAGUAGGGUAUGCAACAUGUAACUUCCAACAAUGUUGGCUGUCGUUGGCCAACAAUAUUGCGUCCGUUUGCACGAGGCUUUAAGAACACAGUAUCCACACGAAAAUUUAAUGCAUCACUGCCUGAGUUCAGUGAUGGAAUAAAUUUACCUCUCUAAGGAGGUUCCACUGAUUUUUGUCCGCCGCAAUUAUGGUUCCAUGAUACGUAAUACCCCGAGUACUGGAGGUUUUUUUCAGCUAACCGCGAGUGCGGGCGAGAUGCUUCGGGGUGGCCGGCGAAGGCCGAUGCCACGAGCGGCGAAGCCACGAAGUGGAGCGCGGGUCACUAUAAAGACUUGUCUGGCACCCCCAGGGUAAUGUCCUAGAUACGAAGCACCCAGGGUAUUUGCCAAAGUGUCCAACCGUUUUUUCCUAAUAUCAAAAGAAGACAUUGUAAAUGCUACAACCGGUUGCAAAAAUGUUGAGACAUUCCCGACGGAAAACCGGCCUUUCUUACUUCAAAUCGCUGCUGGUCACGUGUCUAUAAGAUAUAAUACUCACCUCCCUCCUCCCUCUUUUUCAAAGUUGCUCCACUAAGUUUUGAGCAUGGUCUUUCGUUGCUGGCAACUUUGAUAAGGGGAGGAGGAGGGAUCACAAGCACGUGAUCGUGGAUAGGCCAUUUAAGCCAAAAUAAAAUAAGCUAUAGUUUCUCAAGUAUUUUUGCGACUGGUUGUAGCCUAGGAUCCUAUAUCAUCUAUAUCUGUUACGUGGAUUAUUUUUAAGUCAUACGAUUGUAAGCUUGUAUACUGUGCCAAGUUAAAUCGUUUCUAUGACGACUUGCAGGUUAUGGACUGCGCUGUCAUCGGGCCAUAAAAGAGAUCGCAGUGCUUCUUGGGAUGAAAGACAUGCGCUGUAAGGUUCGCGGACCCACCACACCUCUUAGUCUGAUUCGAGCUGCUUUCCAGGGUCUACUCAGUCAGGUAAAACAGUAGGGAACUGGAGAGGUUACACUUACACAUCUUAAAUCUCCGAAAACGGUACACUAAAUAUGAAACAAGUGUACUCCGCCCCCGUGUGAUUUUUGUAAACACUCUUAAAAGCUUCAUGUGUUACGAUGAAGAUGGAGCUGCUGUUGCCAUUCGACAAAAAUUUCGAUCAAUUGGCCAUUUUAGAAAUUAAGAGGAAACUGGGCCGAGUUAACUUUCGCAAAGACUUCUGGGACUGUACUGGGCACAGGAGAGAAAAUUGGCCAAUAGCUGAUCGGCUUGUCCCCAGAGGUCUUUGCGAAAGCUAACUCGACCCAGAUUCUUUCUCGUCUCUAAAAUGGGAAAAAAGCCGCUUUUGGUGCAAGAAGAUUUCUGGGGUAGUCGGAUUGACAACAAAAGCAUCGACCAAUCACAUCUAGCACGUGUUCACCCAAACGAAAUCGUUCUCAGAAAUUGUCGCACCAAAGGCUUGUACCCUUUCCAAUUGUUUAUGGAGUGGCGACUCUCGCUAAAUUUCAACCCCAAAAUCGGAUUCCAUUGUUAUAUUUUAAUAUUUUCGCUGCUCAUGUUGAAACUUUAGUCCUCCGUGUCCUAUUUUGAAAACAUUACGAAUUUUUUAGUUUCGUAAUUAGGGAAAAAAUAGAUGAAUGAAGUGUAGGGUGAAGUAUGUAUGUAGGGUGAAGUGUAUGAGUGAAGUGAGGGCGGUGGAAGGGUGAAAUAAUGGAGUGGUGAAAGUAAACAAGAAACUGAAAUGAACAAAAUGAAAAUAUUUUAAAUGCCAUUGGUUGAUUGUUGUUCUAAGGGAAACUGUUUGACUGUCUGGGCCUGUUGGGCAAGAAUUGAAAAUAUUCCGUUGAUAAACGCCAUAAAUCAAAGAAAAGCUAAACUCAGCGGUUGUAAAUUUCAUUCUUGACAUUUUUUUUCUACCUCUCUUGAUAGGAGACACACCAACAGUUAGCUGAUCGCACUGGCCUAAAUGUGGUAGAACUUAGAGCUGAGUGUGGAAUGAGACCUGUGAUUGUAGCCUCGCCUUCUGUUGAAACCCAGAAAAAGGUGUUGAAAAAGAGAUCAGACAAAGAUGAAUACGACUUAAAUGAAAUAUUUGAUCCUUACAGGGGACUACAUCGGCCUAAGAAAAGGACAGAGCUGUUAUGAACAAGAAAAAUGAAUAAAUGCUCGAGCAGUAUGUUUGCAUGUAUGUUGGAUUGUCACGAAGACAGCCCUCCUCCUUUGCUUGAAGACGCAUGCGCAGUAAAGAAAGCAUGCACAGUCGAAACUGUUGUAGCAAAUAAUUUUGUGGUGUGCAGGAUGUAUUAGAAUCUUUCGCACAUGUAAUAAAUUUUGAUGUCUAGGAAAGUUCAAAUCGGGUUUGUAGUGUAC